GCAGCGGUCGCCAUUAUUCUUCCUGGCUUGACGUUGACGAAAAGACGGUUAAAUACUUAAAACAUAAUAUUGGGGCGUAAAGUGCAAGACUGUUGCCUUUAUAUGCACUGUUUGUUGUUUGACUCAUGAAUUAGCGACACAGCCUGAGCACAGGAUGGAGAAACAGUCCGGCACUUCAGGUGCCAUCCCCCUGGCCUCCCUUCGCCUCAUGGCGUCCCCUCUGCAGCUGACGUACUCGUUCAUAUGGCAGGUGUUACGGCAGAGAAAGGUGAAGCUGUACGGGAAAGUGGAGGAGUUUGUGAACAUGGUUACGCAGACUGUUCCUGAGCUUAUGAGCGUCAAGCAGACUGCUCAGCUACUCUUGGGCUUGAGAGCAAGGAUCAUUUUGGAUUUGCUCAACAAGGAAGGUGGGCCGGAUACCAGGGCGAUCCAGACUCACAUUAACAAGUUGAAGGUCUCUGCAUCUUUAGGGAAGGACCCAGAAGUGGAGAAAUCUCAAACAAACUUUAUGGUGCUGGUUCAGAAUCUGCUCAAAAAUACUGCAGAGAGGAAGCGCUUCUUCCAGGAUGUUUUCCCUGUGCAAUAUGGCGCAAAGUUCGAUACAGCACUGCAAGCUCUGACUGCAGGUCUGGUGUGCAAGUUGGAGCAACUACUUCCUGUUCCCAAUCUCACCCAGCUUGGUUCCAUGAUCUCAACAGAGCCCACUGUCCUUGAGGCAUGUGGAGGCUUCAUCCCCACUCAUGGGGACCUGAAGACUCUUCUCCUGCACCAGCAAGCAAAAGGACUCAUUGGUGUUAAAGCAACGGUCUCGUCAUCUGUUGGUGACUGUGUACUCACUUCACUCGCCUUCAGACCCAAACCAGUAGAACCACCAACUCCUCCUCCGCCGCCUCCACCACCAAAAGAACCACCAAAACCAGCAGAAGCCAACCUGAACCAAACUAGCCCAGCCUCUUUAAGUGACACAGAAGAUAUGGGAAUGAUGUCAGAUGACUCUGACAGCCCACCAGUCGAUGCCACUGGACCACAGAGUCAAGAACCAAACAGCCAUAAAAGUGCUGAAGUUAGUGCCUCUAAGGAAAAGAGUGUUACAACAGCUCAGAGCGAGAGUUCAGUGCAAGAGAAGAGGUCAACACAGGAGCAGUCUGCACCGACUCAAAAGAACAGAGAGGAAGGAACACCUGAAAAACCUGAAGCACAGCGUGUCAUCGAUAUAAAAUCUAUCCCUUUUCGGGUAGUCAAAGUGCCGGUCAAAACUUCUCCCUUACCAAAAGCAACAGACAGCCAAAAGGCCCAGACUCAGCGAGUCACGCUGCAUCAGUGGGUGUCACACAUAGCCACCAACUCACUCUCACUCCCCGCCUUGCCACCUCUUCCUCCACCUAAGUUUGGCCUUGAAGAUGACAUAAGGCCAAGCAUCAGAAGAAAGAAACAUAUCCGGCCUCCAGCUGACAGAUAUAACUGCAGCGUGUGCGAUAAGAGCUUCCCAUAUCAGUCAAAGCUGAUCGACCACGAGCGAAUUCACACAGGAGAGAAGCCUUAUGUUUGCACUGCGUGCAACAAAAGCUUUAGAACCCAGGCGUUCCUCAACAACCAUCUGAAGACCCACAGCACGGUGCGUCCAUACGCCUGUGGCCAGUGCGGCAAGUGUUUCACCAAACUACCAAGUUUGACCAAGCACAUGCUGGCCCACAGCGGCCAGAAGCCCUUCUACUGCGACAUCUGCAACAAGGGCUUCACACAGUCCACCUACUUCAGACGGCACAUGGAGUGCCACACAAGCCAGAUGACCUUCCCCUGCAAGCAGUGCAACAAAAGCUUCCCAACAGCUUUCAAGCUGUCCAACCACGAGCGCUGGCACACCAGAGAUCGCCCUCACAUGUGCGAGCGUUGUGGAAAGAGAUUCCUCGUCCCCAGCCUGUUGAAGAGACACAUGGGCUAUCACAUCGGCGACCGCCAGUAUCUCUGCUCUCAGUGCGGAAAGACAUUUGUCUAUUUGUCUGACCUUAAGAGGCAUCAGCAAGACCACGUGCCCAAAGCGAAGAUCCCCUGCCCUAUUUGCCAAAAGAAGUUCUCCAGCAAGUACUGCCUGAGGGUUCACCUGAGGAUCCACACUAGAGAGCGACCCUACCGCUGCUCCAUCUGCGAGAAGACCUUCACGCAGGUAGGAAACCUGAAGGUCCACAUCAGGCUACACACCAAUGAGCGCCCAUUCAGCUGCGACGUGUGCGGGAAGACCUACAAGUUGGCAUCCCAUCUCAACGUCCACAAGAGGACUCACACAUGCAAGAAGCCCUGGACCUGUGAAACCUGCGGAAAGGGAUUCUCCGUCCCUGGCCUUCUCAAGAAGCAUGAGCAGUUACACACUAGGGAUGCUAACCCCGACUUCUCUGGUAAACGGAGACACAGGGGUAAGCACAAGAACCACGCUCUGAAGAGAAAGUAUGACGAAGAAGAGGAGGGCAGCGAUGACUAUUGAUUAAAAAAGAUGUUUUUGUAGUAAAAAGACAUGCUUCGGCUAAAAUCAGCAGAUCAUCUGAAAUUGAAUUUGGCUUAUUUUGGAAGCUGUUGUAUAGACGACCUUGCCCCUAAUCAUGUAAUGUGUACAUUUUUAAGGUGAAUGGCUUUAGGGAGAGAAUUGGACAACAAUAAUGGUUCGCAAAAUUAGAAUAAUGUAAGGAUUUUUGUUUUGUGAUCAAGACUAUUAUUUGAGCCAUAAUAUGUGUUAGCUGGCUCAAAUCGUAGCCCAGCCUGUUGGAACAAUCCCUGUCAAAGCUGUAGUUAAACUGAACAGUGUUGCUUUUUUCAUAUACAAAGAAGAUGUAACAAAGUGGGUUUAAGAGAUGAAGUUACCUUGAAUAUACUCAUUUUAAAAAGUGUAUGGUAGCAAAACACAUCUUUCUGAUCUGUAUUGGAGGUUUAGUGUUUAGUAUAUGUAAGAUACACAGCAACAUUUAAGAGAAAAGCAUCAUCUAAACAUUAAGAAAGUGUUUUUUUCAAAUUGAGUCAGUGUAGAUAGCUUUUCUUCUAUGUCACAUGUGGUAGUAUCACUACUAGGAAGCAUUUUAUAUCCAUUUCUGUAUCUUUGCGGAUAUGAUCGUAGCUCAUUCUACUUCUGCUUAACACAUUAUCUAACCAUGUGCUGUCAAUACUUUUUGUUUUUGGUUGUUGUGCUUGUAGUUUAAAACAGGAGUUGGGUUUUUUGUUUCUCAUUUUGUUGGAUGAAUCCAAGAAAAUGUCAGGAUUUGUUUAAAUGUAGAUAGGACACAAUAAAGAUCCUUAACAUGAUGCAAAUAAGCCACAAGGUUGUGUUUGGAUUUGUGUGUGAGCAGCACUGUAUAUAAGUCAUCAGGCAA